AUGCUUUUGGAUGGCACUGGUAAUGCGUAUUACGUGUACACUGACCUGGAUCAUUGACUAUUACGAUCGCCACACUCAAGUUAAUGAUGAUGAGCUGUCGUAUGACACAGAUUGCGACGAUUCCGGGCACCGGCGGUUGGCCCGGUGUGUGGGAUGCCUAUCGAGCGACACCAUCAUCAAAGUGAUGACAACAUUAGUGUACACGCAAAUGCUUUUACAACAGUUGCCGGUGGGUGACAGUUGGCCGGUGCUGUUGGGCGCCCACAGCCAACAGUCCCUCCUAAGGCUGGCCCAGUGUUUCGGUUUAGGGAUUAAUUAUUUUUAUAGUCUGUAUGUCAUAACCGCCGAUGAGUACGAUUGGAGGUAAUGGUUGGCUAACAGUGCCCUUAACACUGGUGGACAGUCGUAUUUUGGGUGACAAAUAGAUGACAAAAGUUUUAUUAUUGUAUUUUUGUUGUGGAAAUUAUUGUUAUUAUUAUAUUAUAUCCGAAAUGAAUGAUUAGUUUUUACGAUAUCUGAUUGUGUUUAAUGCGAUAAAUAACUGUUUGUCUCUCAUUGAGAGCCUGUAAUUACAAGCAUAUGGUGGAAAUGGAUCACAAUUUUUAUGUCCACCUAAUAACGGGGCCUAACCAUUUGAUUUCUAGCUAUGAUUUUGAUUUCAUAUAUAGAAAACAAUAUUAAAUAUUUUUUACGAUUAUAUCGCAAAAUGUUUUCAUGAGUUAUAUGAGAGACCAAUAGUUACGAAGAGCGGUCGUACCGUUUUGUAGUCGAUAUGAGUUCCCAAAAUACUAAUGGUAUUAAAUAUAUUUUUGGACCAUUAAAGGUGAGGCACCGGUACUUCCCUUUUAUGGUGAGAGAGCGAGAGAGAGAGAGGGAGAGAGAGAGAGAGAGACCAUAAGAAACUAAAUAUUAUAUAAUGUUAUACUUUAUCAGAGAGAAAAUACAUUAUUAAUGGCUCUGAACUGAACGCAAAGUUAAGAGUUUUAGGUUUUUUAGGGCCGAGUCCUGCCGAGUCUUACCGUCUAUUUUCAAACUCUCCUUUUAAUAUAACAAUACUUUAACUCAUAUUCUGUGAUAUGUUUUGGAAAUAUAUUGACAUUUAAAGGUCUGCUGAGGAAAAACAAUCAUUACUUUUAUGUUAUAAAGUCAUGCAAUACUCCGUUCACUCAAAAACCUUCUCUAUCUCCCUUUCCCUCAUACUUUACCUCCCAGUCCUCAAUAAGAUAUAUGGAUAUCAUAGCAAAGAAAAAACAUUAGACAUGUCUUUCCCCUCCCGAUCUCUCCCUGUGCUAAUGCCUAAUAUCUGUCAAUUGGUUUUGAUCGGCAAAACUCGAGAAAUUCAUUUCCCAUUCAUUUGUUUCUCAUAUUUGUUUUCUAAUGGCUUUUUGGUCGACAUUUGCAUCAAAUUUCCAAAUUAUUUAUCAUUUAUUGUCUUAACAGCCGAUGCCAUACAUUAUUCAAUACAUGAUUUAGUCUCUCAUGAGAUCAAUAUGUGUUUCACUCUCUAUCGACUCGUAAUCUAAGACUAAAUCUCUCUCUCUCUCUCUCUCUCUCUCGCUCUCGCUCUCGUCUCU